AGUUCGAUCAGUUUCGUUUGGGACUUGCACCUGACGACAGCAUCUCAGACCGUCCGUCAGUCGGUUCAGUUGCCAUCAUGAAGCAAACGCUGUCAAUCGUUCUGGCCGUUACCGUAACGUGGAUCGCUUUCGCCCAGGCCCAGGACGUCGCCGUAUCCGAGGCCUUUGCCGGCAACGAAAUCGUUCCGGAUGUGAUCAGCCAAGCACCUGCCGGUCUGGUGAAAGUAACGUACAGCUCCUCCGGUGCGGAGGCCAACCUGGGCAAUGAACUUACACCGACGCAGGUCAAAGAGCAACCGACUGUCAGCUGGGAUGCGGAGCCGGGCGCUCUGUACACGUUGGUCCUGACCGAUCCGGACGCACCGUCCCGUGAGAAGCCGAAGAUGCGCGAGUGGAAACAUUGGGUGGUGGUCAAUGUGCCUGAAUCGGACGUAGCGGCCGGGGAAACCGUUGCCGAGUACAUCGGAUCGGCACCACCGCAAAACUCCGGUCUGCACCGGUAUGUGUUUUUGGUGUACAAGCAGACCGACGGCAAGGUGCAGUUCGAUGAGCCGAAAUUGAGCAACCGCAACCCAAACCGAGGAAAAUUCCGUGUCGCCGAGUUUGCUGAGAAGUACCACCUUGGUAGUCCGAUCGCUGGAAACUUCUACCAGGCUCAGUACGAUGACUACGUUCCACAGGUGUACGCUUCGCUCACGGAAACGAAAUGACAACGAUGACGAUGAUGAUUAUGGCGCCUAACACCGCCCAGCUGCUGAGGGGCAGUGGCGCUUCUCGUUGUCUCCUUCCGGCCCAACCACUCACCGUCACCAUCACAAGCAUCACUCAAUCUGUUUGGCGCCCGGUACAUAUUUGCAUACACAAACACUACAAUAGUGCCGCUUAGUACAACCCACUUGUUUUGGCACCACUUGGCAAUAAAAAUCACACAGUGCACGAAUAAAUAAAAAUCAUAAUCUAUAAAAACCCAAUAAACA